GUAGAGACUAUUUCAGCAUUUUGUAUCUUGAGCCCCAGGGGGUCUAUCGGAAACGACCUCUCUACUUCUUCUUCUUCGGCGGUAGUGGUAUGGACUGCGUACGUUUUACCCUCCCCAGACCCCACUGAGUGGGAAUUCACUGGGUAUGUUGUUGUUGUAGAUACUAUUUCAGCAUUAUUUGAUCCUAAAACUAGAAAGGUUGGCCAAUUUUUAUGAACACUGAAUAGCUGAAGAGGAGCCUUGGAGUAACUGGUAAACUUGGUAAACUUGUUGCCAUGUGAUCGGGAGGUCAUGGGUUCAAGCCUUGAAAACAGCCUAUAGCAUAAAUGUAAAGUAAGACUGCGUACAAUACACCCUUGUGGUAGGAUCCUUCUCUGGACACCGCGCAUAGCGGUAGCUUUAGUGCACCGGAUUGCCUUUUUUGAUUGUGAAGCUUAGCUUAGUGGGGGUUUCAUUUGUUGCUUGGCUUCCUGGGUUCAAAUCCUACUCCCAACAAUCCUUUGUCUUGGAGUAAUCGAUAAAAUUGUUGUCAUGUUACGGGUUUAAGUCUUAGAAACAGCCUCUUGCAUGCAAGGUAAGACUGUGUACAAUACACCCUUGUGGUGGGACCCUUCCUGAACAUCGCACAUAGCGAUAGUUUUAGUACACCAAACUGUUCUUUUUUUAAAUAACAAAUUAAAAUAAUCUGAUAAAAAUUAUUGAGUUCACCUGAUCACAUAUCUAAUAUUAUAACUCCAUCCCUUACUCUUUUGUACCCACUAUUUCUUCUUAACAAUCUUCAUGUGCCUCCAUGUUCUUGAUAGGAGGUAAUUAUUAACAAUCAAGUAGUUGAGGCAAUAUACACAAUAAUCAUUUCAAUUUUAAUUAAUACAUAAAGAAUCAGUCAAAUAAUCAUUAAUUUGAUUAAUUAAUUAUCUUGAAAAGUUAAAAGAAAUGUAAUUAGACAAUGUAAUCUUAUCCCAAUUCUCAACAAGAAAGAUUAUUAGGUCUCACUUUUUAUAGACAAAAUAUGAUUACAAAAUUGCUUAAAUUAAGGAGCCUCCUGUUGGGGGAACAUGAAGUUAGCUGUAAUCUGAACUGCUCAUACUCUUCAAAAAUGCCUACGAGUGCAUAAUGAAUCUUUAUAAAAUAGUGUAUUUUUGAAGAAUUUGACACGGGUGUGGCAAACAUUUUUGAAGAGUCCGAGCAACUUAGGCUGUAAUAGAGUCCCCCAUUUGCAUUGGCCCCCCAUUUACAUUGGCCGUCAAAUUUAGAAUUUGAAGUUUAUGAAUUUUAAACUUGUCGUAGGAUUCAUAGUUUGUUUUACAUUUUUUUUUUUGGAACCCUCAGGCAAAUUCGUUGUUGUUAUCUUACGUAUGGAUAAAUUCGCUCCUGUUCAAUAGCUCGCAAACCACACUGGAGAUGCAAGCCGCAUUAAGCAAGUUUGGUGCGACGAGCUCGACUGAGAAGUUAUGAAAUACCACUUGUUACACUAACUCUGUCAGCCUUACGAUCUAUUCGUUUUAGUUACUAGGUUCAUAAUUAAAUACAUUAUACAUAUUCAACAAAUUUCCAAUACAAAUAUAAGGUUUAAGUAAAAGCUACUGAAUUCGUUCAAAUCGACACGUACUAACCAAAUAUUAUAGCUCCGCCCAUCGGGAGCGGAUGCAUCAUUGGUAAUUCUAUAAUCCUAAUUAUCCAUGAAAAAAGUGUUUUGAUAUCAGUCAUAUAACAACUCCAUCAAUGUUGGAACUAACAACAUGACAAAAUUAAUAGGGGCAAAAUGGUAAAGUUAUCUUACCAAUUAUUGUUUUCUUAAUAGCUGUGUCAUCUCAAUUUGGGACGGAGCGAGUAUUAUGUUUAAAAAUUUACUAAAACUGCAACAAAUAUUAGGUAUGAACAGAUAAAAUUUAAAUUCUGAAUCUACUUCCGCCUAACUCAUAUUCACAUUAGGUAUGCAUUGAAUUUGUGAAGUUAGGGAAAGGAAUAAUCCAGGGUGUUUUUCAUUCAAAUCAUGCAUGCGUGUGUGUUGUACUAGGGGCGAAGGGAUUCAUUCCAUCCUCCUUCAAUGAAAAAUUAUACUAUUUAUGAAUGAUUAAAAUUAUUUUAUAUAUAUAUAUAUAUACGAUCAGAUGUUUAACCCCUUCGAUUAGUUUUUCCUCAAAUUUUGAAUCAUCUGAAUUGAAAUUCUGGCUCAGCCUCUUCUAGGGGCCUAUAUGAGAGAGAGGGAAAAAAUCUGGUGGUGUUUAAUUAAGCUAUAUAUAUAUAUACACUUAUGGUUGGGGGUGGUGAAGAGAAUAAUCAUGUGGGUUCAUGUGCAAUACUUAGCUGGAGAACAUGCAUUUCCUAUAAGUCACCACCACAACUUAAUAAAAAUGUACACUUGGCUUCAUGAGAUUCAUUGAUUUAUUUUGAUCCCAUUCUUUUGGAAAGACAUAAAUAAUGAUGCCUUAAAAUAUUUAGCAUUAUCCUAUAAUUGGUUUAAUGGAAUUAUCAUAACAUAUAUAGCCACACACAUUUUGAAGGGUGACUUGGAUUAACUGGUAAAGUUGAUGUCAUGUGACUAGGAGGUCACGGGUUCUAGUCUUGAAAACAGCCUCUAGCAGAAAUGCAUGGUAAGACUGCGUACAAUACACUCUUAUGGUGGGGCCUUUCCCCGGACACUGUGCAUGGCGGGAAAGUGCGAUUUUAGCGAUAGCGAUCCCCUUUUAGGAGGCCAACGCUGUAUAAGGAGACAAAGGGUCAGGACGUAUAGCAUAAGGCACGUCAAAGGCAAGCGGUGUAAAAGCGUUUUAAUGAAGAGAAGGGUACGCGUUGAAGGUUCUAGAAGGUCCGAGAAUGCGAUUGGAAGGAAGGUUAGGGUACUUAAGAAGUUGAUUCCAAACUGUAAGGAUUCAGGCAUGGAAGGGAUUUUCAGAGAGACAGCUGAUUACAUUUUGGCUUUGGAAAUGAGAGUUAAGGUUAUGCAAGUUAUGGUUAAUGUGUUGUCAUCUUCUAGCAUGAAAUUUAUGAUAUAAUUUCAUGUUGUCUAGCCGUUUUCAUUUGUAAAUUUCUUCAAUUUAUUGUGUGAAAAUCGACUUAUAUAAAGAAAGUUGCUCUACUUAGC